GAUAUCGAAAAUUCGCUGAUAACCCGUACGGCCUCCGCAAGAUAAUAGAGUAACGGAAUAUGAAAAUUUACGUCAAAAAAAUCGUGCGUUUUAAAGUGCCGAGGAGUCGGGUCACCGUUUUCUUCGCCUCUUUAAUAAAUUAAAAAUAAAUUAUCUAGUUAGAAACGUAAGAAGGUAAGGUCUGUAAUCAAUUAAAAAAAUUUUUCUUUUUUCUUUUCGGCCACACAUAAUAGUCGUAAGUGUUGAAAGAAAAUUUAUCUUUCGUUUGUCGGUUGAGGCCACAUUAGAUUUCCAAAUAAUCAUACGUCACAUUCGUCAGCCCCCACUGCCAGCCACUUGCAUUUAUCUUCUCGUAUAUAAGAAGCUAAUAAACAGAGCACUUGCUGACUCGCUCGUUCUCCUUCGGCUACAAGAGAUUUUGAGAGCAACUGCCUAGCGUGCGUGGAACUCGUGGCGACGAUGGCGACGGUGAAAUUCAAAGAGGCAUCCCCCUACAUCCAGCUGCAGUCUUCACCACCUGCUGAAGAUUAUCUCUAUAACAAGUGAGCUAUCAGUUCUAGCUUAUACCGUCGUGUGGUGUAAUGUUGCACCGGUUAAUAAUCGGUUAAUAACUGUGUCCCGCAUGAAUACUCGAGUGAUCAACGAAAAUCAUUUUCUAAGUCAAAAUUUCUCAAAAUUUAUUUCGAAAAUAUAUUUAAUAAAUAUAUCCAAUAAAUAUCUACUAAAAUAUUUAAUAAAUAUAUCUGAUAAAAAUAUGUUCUUUUCUAGAUACUUGGAACAUAUCGCACUGAAGUCCGCUUCCCGAGACGAUCCAAUAGUUAAAUUAGCACUUUUUGGAGCCGGUCGUGCCGGAACGAUACAUUUGACGACUAUACUCUCCAACGUACGCGUCAAGCUUGUUUACAUUGUAGAUGAUAUCGACAGCAAUUGGGAAAGUAUGCGAAAAUAUUGGCGUCUGGAGGAUGUUGUAUUCCUAAACAGCAAGCAAAGUGAUAAAGUAUUCCAAGAUCCCAACAUCGACGCAGUCAUCGUCGCGUCGCCGACAUUCACUCAUGAAAACAUCGUCAUCAAGGCCUUGCAAGCGAGGAAGGCGGUCUUCUGCGAGAAGCCUAUAGCAGAGAAUCGUUCGGACACCGCCAAAUGCUACGAGAUCGCCAAGAAAGUCGGCAAGCCGCUGUUCUGCGCGUUUAAUCGGCGAUUCGAUCCGUCAUACUCGGAAGUACGAGAUCGCGUUCGCAAAGGUGAAGUCGGGCACGUUCAUAUGAUCAAAACCGUCUCUCGCGACUCGCCCUUGCCCAGCAUCGAGUAUCUGAAGAUAUCCGGCGGCAUCUUCCACGAUUGUUUGGUCCACGAUAUCGACAUCAUCACCUGGACCCUGGGAGAAUAUCCAGACAAAGUCUCGGUCCUGGCCGACGCGAAUAUCCCGGAGAUCAAGGCGAUCGGAGACUUCGACACGGUCGCGGUGACCUUGCACUUUCCGUCAGGGACUCUUGGCAUGAUCGAUUUAUCACGUAACAGCACUUUUGGAUACGAUCAGCGACUGGAGGUGUUUGGUCCGAGGGGCAUGGUACGGGCCGACAACGAGCACCCCAUUCCCGGGGUGCGUUGGCAGUACGGGCUGCGCGGAACAACCACCGCUCCGAUCUGGUACUCGUUCGCCAGCCGUUUCAUGAACGGUUACCGACGCGAGUUCGAGCACUUCAUCGACGUAGUGCACGGCAAGGUCGAGUCGCUGGUCAGGUCGAAAGAGACCCUGGCGGUGAGUAAGGUCGCUACGGCGUGCGAAGAAGCUGCUCGCACCGGCAAGAGCGUGGACCUGAAUUGGAUUCCCGGCGAGUUGCCUGACCAAUGAAAGCUGCAGCGAGUUAUCAAAUAUACAUAUCCAUUAUUUAUAUGUUUUAGAUAAAUAGCAAUAUAUUUUUAGAUAGAUAGCAAUAUCGUAUAGAGAUAGGGAAAUGUGCAAAGAGAUGUUGUGAAGUUGUUACGAGUGUAAAAUGUAAAUUAGAAAUUAUAAAUAGAUAAAUCAAGAUUUAAUUUGGUUUUAUAUCUCUCUAAAGGAGGGAGAUAUAAAACCGCCAUUUAAUACUAAAUAUAGUAAGAUAUUUCUUCUUCAGUUUUGCUAGGAAUAGAGAGGAAAAGGAAAUUCCGUUUCGUCUCUCAAAAUAUAUUAUCUCGCAAGCUUGUAUAUAUAAUCGUUACUAUAUGUAUAUGAUUCAAUGGUGCUUACACUAAAUUAGUGAGUGUGUACAGCCGAUAGCAGAUAAAUAAAUCAAGCCGUGUUGUUCGU